GGCUGAAAAAAGUCUAUUGAGCUUCUUAUCAUGUGAUGUUGCUUCUUCCAACACUGGUGUUUAUAUAUUACAUUACAUGUAGCUUGUUUGACUUCAGCCUGGUGGCAUGUUGAUGCUGUGCUGUUUCAAGAAAGACGUGGCCAAAAGUCCUGCAGAUGUGGUCGUUACAGGUGGAGAUUCUUCUCUUCAGGUUCGGACUCCCAGGGGCGAGCUGAGCAUCACUUUGCCAGAAGGAGUCACCUUUGAGCAGGGGUCCUGCAUUCCCACACCUGCAGGGGAAUCCUGCGGGGAGGAGCUGCAUUUCAGACUGCGCAUUAGUGUCACACGAAGCACCAAUGAAGAGGCUUCUGACAGGGUGAUGGAGACACUCCGGGCAAAGGAGACUUAUUGCUUCUACUGCCAAGGCUGCAUGACCAGGCUGCUCGAGGACAGAGUGUUUAAGCGAGUUCUUCCUCUCCCUAAUGGCAACUGGAACACCAUCGUGGACGACUGGUGUUGCCACCCAGAUCCGUUUGCCAAGAAGCUGCUACCCCGAGCAGAGGAUUGUUUACUGGGUGACACCUUCCUUCUCUUACCCAGAGAUGGCAGCUGUGAACAGACUCUCACAGACGAAGUGAGCCCUGUUGGCUCAGAGGACAGUCAAGAUCCAAAGAAAACCUGCCGCAGACUGGCACUCAUCUCCUGCAAGAGCUGUUCGUUAGUCCUGGGAGAGGCUGUCACACCAGAGACCCUGAAGCUGUACAUCACACAGGUGGUGGUGGAGCCGGCUGUGGGAGACAGAAAGCCAGAAGCUUCACUUAACAGAUCUGUCUUCCUGGAGAGGGUUAUAGCAGCCAGGCUGCUGGAGCUGUCCAACUCACUGAGCAGCUUCCACUUCUCUGUCCAGACUCCUGAUGGAAAAGCCUUCUUGUUGCUCUGGCUGCUGAACAGCGACUCCAUCACAGCGUCAGUCCCAGAGAUGUGUGUCGGGGGCGAGAGGUCCAUCGGCUCCCCCGCUCUUCACAGUCCAUCACCCAGAGCUGCCAGAGCUCUCAAACUCCUCUACACCGCCUGCUUUCACGAAGGCACCCAGCAGAGAGAGUGGCCUACCUGAGACUGUAAGGUCAGAUGCCAGGAGAUCAAGACUUCACUCGUCACUCUUGGUAGAGAGUUCAAGAGGACCUGGGACAGCUGAGAGAGGAACCUUUAAACAUGUACAUGUGCUGUAUGUCUGUAUGUGUCAAUGUAACAUCCUCCACAGAUUUCCAAUAGGUAUAAGAAUGAAGAUUACUGCUGGAGGAAAUGCAGGAAGUGUGGAAUGGCUUGUUUAAGUCAAGCUGUGGUUUGGCAGUGUGUCAUCACCUGCAAACCAACUCAUGUUGAAACAGGAUGCUGCCAGGUUACUAAAUGUUAACGCAGAUCCAGUAAAUGUAAAACUGGAAGAGAUCAACAACAUCAGAAUUAUUUUUGAUAGAAUAGAUCGUUACAUCUCGUUUAUCAUUUUAUCUUUGUUCACUUCUAAACUUUAUUUUGUAUUUUUCCAGCCAUCUUUGCCAAAACAAAAAAAAAAAAAACAGAUUAAACU